ACUGAGUGCGGUCCCGGCGCGCCUCCGCCGCCCGCCCUCUGUCGCCAUGACGUCCACCUGCGCCAACAGCACGCGCGAAAGCAACAGCAGCCACACGUGCGUGCCCCUGUCCAAAAUGCCCAUCAGCCUGGCCCACGGCAUCAUCCGCUCGAGCGUGCUGCUCGUGUUCCUCGCCGCCUCUUUCGUCGGCAACAUCGUGCUGGCGCUCGUGUUGCAGCGCAAGCCGCAGCUGCUGCAGGUCGCCAACCGCUUCAUCUUCAACCUCCUGGUCACUGACCUGCUGCAGAUUUCGCUCGUGGCCCCCUGGGUGGUGGCCACCUCCGUGCCUCUCUUCUGGCCCCUCAACAGCCACUUCUGCACCGCGCUGGUGAGCCUCACUCACCUGUUCGCCUUCGCCAGUGUCAACACCAUCGUGGUGGUGUCCGUGGACCGCUACCUGUCCAUCAUCCACCCUCUCUCCUACCCCGCGAAGAUGACCCCCCGCCGGGGCUACAUGCUCCUCUACGGCACCUGGAUCGUGGCCAUCCUGCAGAGCACGCCCCCUCUCUACGGCUGGGGCCAGGCUGCCUUUGACCAGCGCAACGCCCUCUGCUCCAUGAUCUGGGGGGCCAGCCCCAGCUACACCAUUCUCAGCGUGGUGUCCUUCAUCAUCCUGCCGCUGGUCGUCAUGAUCGCCUGCUACUCCGUGGUGUUCGGUGCCGCCCGGCGGCAGCAUGCCCUGCUGUACAACGUCAGGAGCCACAGCUUGGAGGUUCGGGCCAAGGAUCGUGUGGAGAACGAGGACGAAGAGGGAGAGAGGAGGGCUGCGUCCCGGCGCCAGGACGGAGGUGAGGCCAAGGCCGAGGAGGGCGGCGUGCAGGCCGAGGAAGAGAGCGCGGAGGCCAGUGCGGGUAGGGUGGCGGCCGCGGGCAGCGAGGAGGUCUGGGACGGCGGCUGGGUGGCCAGCGAAGGCAGCUCAGAGGGCCGGGACGGUGGCCCCCAACCGGCCGGCAGCGUGAAGGCGGACAAGGGCCGCGUGGAGGUCAGCCAGUGCAACGUCGACCUGGGUGAAGAUGACGCGGAGUUCGGCGAGGAUGACCUCAACUUCAGCGAGGAGGACGUGGAGGCAGUGAACAUCCCCGAGAGCCUCCCGCCCAGUCGUCGAAACAGCACCGGCGACCCCCCUCUGCCCAGGUGCUACCAGUGCAAGGCUGCGAAAGUGAUCUUCCUCAUCGUCUUCUCCUACGUGCUCUCCCUGGGGCCCUACUGCUUUCUGGCGGUUCUGGCCGUGUGGGUGGAUGUCCAAACCAAGGUGCCCCAGUGGGUGAUCACCAUAAUAAUCUGGCUUUUCUUCCUGCAGUGCUGCAUGCACCCCUACAUCUACGGCUACAUGCACAAGACCAUCAAGAAGGAAAUCCAGGAUAUGCUGAAGAAGUUCUUCUGCAAGGAAAAGCCCCCGAAAGAAGACAGCCACCCGGACCUGCCGGGAACAGAAGCCGGCACAGAGGGAGGGACCGAAGGCAAGACCGUCCCUUCGCACGACUCCGCCACUUUGCCUUGAAGCUAGCCGGAAGGCAAACCUUGAACUGUCCACCGUGCGGAAAACGGGAGCGGCUUUGUUUCACACGGACCCCCCACAGCCCCACUCAUGCCAACCCGUACCAUUUCAGGCCGAGGUGUUGCACACAUCCUUCUCACCACGAGAAAGACAGACAGACAGAUAAGUAUACGGAAGAGGUAGGAACUGGAGCUUUCCCUUAAAAGUGUGCCCCUCAAAGCACGGACUUGAGGAUUCUGACUGAAAUUUCGCGGCCCCCCCCCCCACCGCCCCCCGCCCCAAAUUAUUAGGCUCUAAAUUUCUUAAGGCAACAAGGGCUAUCCACUUGGGUCCUCGAUCUGUCUCCCCAGAGCUACAACGUCCCAGCUUUUGCUCUGAGGGAAAAGGAAGAGGAAGAUGACGCCUGUGAACCUGGGGACUUUUAGGCCCUCGGGUCAAGAGAUCAUGGGUGAGAGCUACAGCCCAGGUUCAACUGAAAGAAAAGCAGUGGACCAAAUCGUUCCUGGAGCCCAAGAAGCAGAACCUGACUGACUGAUCAGUGUUGUAAACUGAAGAGACCCACAGUCCGGUGCAAAGACUGUUUUGGAACCUAAGACAAAGGGCGUCGUGUGUUGAAGAUACGAAGAAGGUUCCCAGAUCCUCUCAAGGGACCCAGAGAAGUGGAAGAGGAUAUUAGGGCGUGUUCGAAAUGGGAAGCCGGUCCAAGGGAACAGUUAGAGAAAUAACACACAUCCAUGAGGCUAAACAGUUGGCUGUUUUCUUUUUCUGUAAAACCCUGGGUUUGUGCAUGGGCUGGGACCAAGGUCAUUCCAUACGCAUGGAAAAUUGUCAGUUGACACUAAAACGGUGUUUGUUCCGUCUCCUAUUUGAGCCACGGUGGGACAGGAAUCACGCCACUACUUUGUAAUGUCCCUCUUGUGGUCGAAUUGGGAUGCCCGUCAGAAUCUUCCACAUCUCCUCUGCCAGUCCCAGAGGCCUUUUCGGUCAAACAGAUUUUUCCAGAAAAAAAAAAAAGAAAUGUAACUAGGAGUGGCCAAAAGUUUCUCAAGCUCACACUCCCGAUCGAGAGUGACGUGCCCAUUAGAAAUCUCUUUUGUGUCAAGGGGAUCAUAGACAAGAAACGUGACCUCCACGUGGGGAGCAAGCGAGGCAGAGUAAACAUUUUUCUUCCUCCAGGCACACCCAUGGGUUUUUUCUACCUGUGGCUCUCCCUUAAAGCCCUUAAGCUCCCCGGAGAUGUGGAAGAGAAAUACAAGAGAGUCAGAAAUAGCAGAGAGGAUGGUUUCUCAAUACCUAGCAAGCAUCCGACCUAUUUCAAGCAACCCGAGUUUCAAAGCAUUCGGGUCAGACAUGUCCCGAUCAUUGCUAUUGAAAUGUAUUGCUUUGGGAACACCGUUACAAUAUCUAAAUUAUCCCCAGGGUCAGUGCAGAGGGAGGGCUUUUCACAUCUCCGACCCUGAAAUCACUCUGGGUCAGGAGAUCCCUGUGUGUUCCUGGGGGCCCAGACCACGUCGACAUGACCAAAUAACAUGGGCCCCCAAAACGGUCAAGAGAGUGUUUUUGAUCGUCCUGAAGGUCAAAUUAAAGCCGACUGGUGGCCAGUCAACUGUUCAUGCAGAAAUCCAAUGUUAAUAUGGGUGGAGGCACAGGUGGGAGGAUUUGGUUGAAAAAUGUUCAUCGGCCGGUUGUAUAUAAAGAUGGCCACAUUCAGAGUUUAGCCUCAUUCUUGUGCGGUUACCGUGUCUGUAUUAGAACUCAAACUUCAGCCAUGUAAAUGCCCGCCUCACUGAUAUUUUCUUUAUCUCUUCCUCCUCACAGAUCCCAACCCGAGCUUCUCAAGGGGGAGAGGUAAACAGCAGCAUUAUUUGAGCUGUGAAUAAGUCUGCCUGGAGAUUUGGGCUUGCCAUGUUCAGGAUUUAGGAAAGUAGCCGGGAUUGAUGCAAACAGUGUUAAGCUGGCCUGUCAACUCAGUAUGACCACGAUAAACUUACUAAUUCCGACCCCAUUAACCUGGAGUGUGUGGCAAUUGAGACAAGACACGCGGGCUGCUGUUUACCCUCGCGCUAUCGUUCAUUUUUCUACCAAAACGUAUGAAGCGAAUUCAGAGUCGUCAAUUUAUGACACCCGUUCAUUGCCACAUUCUCACACUGCCCCGUCCUCAGAGGAUAUCUGGGUGCGGAAAUAGCCUGUGUGGGCGAUCCUCUUAUGGGGGGAGGGAUAUUGCCUCGGAGGUCUGUCAUGGUCAAGAGUUCCAAGCAGCUCCGGCCUGUCCUUUGGGUAGAAAUGCUUACCUGGGUAGGAGACAGGCUUUCAAACGUAAGUGUCCUCAAAUAUGAUGUUGAAACUGAACUUCUCGUUUUAUUUUUAAAGCUCAACCCCUCCCAAGUGUAUCAGAGAAAAUUGUUUGCCAAAAUCCCAAAUCAGAAUGGAACCAGAACCUGUACGAGCGUGGUAAGUUCAUUUAACAGCACACACAACAUUCUCCAGGGCGCCAGCACUCGCCAACUUCCUUCUCAGAGCUCCUCUCUUCCCUGUUUUAGUCACUGUCUGUUCUUAUGGCAAAUUGGAUUUUUCAAAGGUGAAAACCUUUUGAAAAUAGACUGGAAAAGAGGACCUUCGAAUCGAGAGCACUCUGCUUCGCUGACAUUUUCUGCUUAAUGAACAGUGGGGCCUCUAGUUAGCUCGAGAUAGCAACUGCUUCCAAUUUUGUGCCAUUUCGAAUAAAACACUAUCAACUUAAUGAGGUUUUACCGCACAUACUCUUUUGUCAUUUAAAACUCUGGAAACACACACAAAAAAGUCAUCAUCAGCCUCACACAUCCUCACGUGCAAUAGCUCUCCCUAAAUGUUCCUAAAGGAUGUAUUCUUUUGCCAAGGCCACUUCAUACGUGCAGUAAAAACCCCAUUAAAGUACAGGGGCCAGACGAACCAGACUUUGAAAUGAUGUGAUUUCCAACUUAAUGAUUUCCUUAUUUAAAAAUAAUAAAGCAUCUAGUUUUGCCAAGGAGCCGCAGGUGCUCUCGCUAACGUACCAAUUUCAACAAGCUUGGGAAGGCGGUAAUAAGGAACAAGCCCAGGGCUCCUACGAUGCAAGGGUCCAUCUUCUCGACGGCACCGCCGACGGCACCUGCUGGGAAGUCCUCUGCACUGCCAGCUCCCUGCCUCCCUCUUGCCCAUCACACCCCUGCCUCCACCUGCCUCACUCCCCCUCCCCCUUGCCGGGCGCUCGGUGGGCUCACCCCCUCCCAUGCGUCCCCUCCUCCUCGGGCACCCAGAGCUGGCACGUUCUCCAAGGGACCCCGGGGGCCCGAGGAAGCAGGGAAGGAGAGAAGUGAAGGAUAGGAGUGGCCAGCAGUUAAAGGCAUGUUUCCGUCCAAUACAAUUUAGAGAUGACGGGAUAUCAACUUCAAAUCCGACGUAAGGAAAAGGGCCAUUUUAUCAUUUAGGAGGUAGGCACCUGGUUUCUUACCCAGAAAAGCACCCACUACCACCCAUCUUCGGGGGCACAUUCAAUCCUGUGGACCACCGUCCACUUAUUUCAGAAAAAAAACCCCACAGAACACUAAAAAAAUCCCUUACCGAUAAAAUUACAAGGUGCCUAACGUUGCCUUACUCGAUACGUAAUUAGCCAAUCGAGCUGAAGUUACUUCAGAAGGUUUUGUUUUCGUACCACCUUAAGGAAUAACGUACGAGAUUAAACUAGGCGUUCUUUCUUAGACUUUGCCAAGAUGCUCUUAAAAAUGUCUGAGAUACACCAUUUGGAAGAGAAGAAUCCUGUAUCACCUGGUAGUUGGAGAGCCCCCAAAUCGAAGCCUCCGAGGUGGUUGGGAGGAAGGCUUCGCCCACAUUUUGAGGACAAAAAAAAUCAAAAGAAGUGUUUUCCCCUCGUCAUGUUUUUUUGCUGUAUUGCUCUUUAAGACAAAACCCAUGCCGUCAGGAGAGGCUUCUCUAAAGCAAACCGUCUUUUCCUCCUAGAGCAGACGAAAGAUUAAAGGAACAGUUGGCUGCCAGCCAGUUACCAAGAUAAGGAGAGAAAAGCGGGUCAGUCAUGGCUUUUAACCCUGUCCCUCCUUAUCUCUGUCCCUCUCGUUUUCUGCGGGCCGGACAGGUGCUCUUGACCCCCCUCGAAGCCCCUCCCAGCUUAGGCAUAAGGAGACAGGCCGCCGCCGAAAACGUAGAAAGAAUGGAAGCCCUUGUCAUAAAUUCUUUCCAGUUACUUCCAAACGCUCUCUUCCUCUACGGCCAGCGCCCUGCCUGCUGGCAGCAGUCUUCUGCUAAAAGCAACAAGACUGGCUGGAGGCAGAAGUAGGAAAGCCACGGUCUGCAGAACUUGACCACUGAUUGCCGCGUCACCGGCAAGUUCACCGCUCUUUGGUAAGUAGAGUAGGCACCCUCGAGGUAAACAAAGGUUGCCAACGGGAGUCAGACGUUCCCACCGUCACCUCCCAAAGCUCUUCGAUCCCAAAGCACACACACACCAGGAGGAGACCGCAUCAUUUCCACACUCGCCAGAGGCUCGCCGUGUCUGAGGGUUCAUUACCGGAUCUCCCUUAUUCCAAAAACGAGACUGGUUUCGGUUCGGUGCUUUAAAGUUGAGUGGAUUCCACCACCCCACCCCCCACCCCCGCUGCAUCCGUGUUACAACUCUGAUGUUAAAAAUUUGGUAUUUUUGUCCGUUUCGGUGGUGUAUUUCUCUCUGUAGUAGUUCUCCGAAUUGUAAGCUGUAACUGUAUAUAUAAUACCAGUGUUCUUGGAGAUAAGGUGCUAGAUAUUAGAUCUUCUGUGUUCGUAGAUAGUGUCACCCUCGAAAAUGGGUAGAUGUACAUGUAACGUUAAUCAAGUGCAUGCGGAAUUCUCUGUGUGACCCACACCUUGGUCCGUUUCUGAAGUAGAACGUAGUACAUUCGUUCGCAAAAUUUCAUUUUUAAAGUGUAUACUACAGGCUGUAUAACAUGGCUCCAAGGUGGGGUAGCAGGUAACGGUGCCUUUAAUUCCUCAAGCCCCUGGUAGAGUCUCUGACAGGUGAGAACUCAUUCUGGUACAAUUGGUCACUAAUGCGAAUUAAUCAUCUCGGCUGAAGUCCCCACUGGCAGUUCUCCACGACACUCUUGGCACUGGUAUGCCUGUCGUCCACGAGUUGAACGUAUAGAAUGCAGAAUCCGAGAAGACAGUCCUUUCCCCCUCAAAGAGCAAAGACCCCCGGAUAGGCUGUUGGAGUCCUGUUAGCAGGAUUAAAAAAAAAAAAAAAAAUACCGUGAACCGACAGGAUUUGCAUUUAGCAGGUCUAUAUCGUACCCCUCCCCGCCCCCUAGAGCAGCGCCCAAACCAGAAAAAGGCUGCUCUGGUUUUUUUCUUUGGUCGGUCACCUGAGACAGAAGACAGAGCACGGGUGGGUAGAUAAAGUAGUGGGACUCCUCCGGGGGUCACAGCUAAGGUGUUUGAGAAUAUCACAAUCGUGUAUCGACAGCGUUUGCGUCAGACAAAAAGAGAGAACCAUGAGUUUAUUAUAUUUUAAGAACAAAAAUAUUAAAACUAGAAAACUGUGUAUAUAUGGAUACCCUCACUGAAUAAUUUCUCAAACUGCCUUUAAUACCAAAUUGUAUGUGCUACUUUGAGACUGAAAACAAUAGAAAUCUUCAUUUAGUCAACAAACAGUUCUCCUUAGUAUUUUAAAUCUUGAAUUUAAAAUGUUCCUUUUCCUUUCCCCUCAAAAAUUUGUCAUUUAAAAGUGCCUUUUCAAAGGAUUGCCAAACUACAAUCCUGGGGCCAGGUUCCCAUUGGCACAAUUUACCUUCAGGUGCACAAAAGGGGUGGGGCUUUGUCCUCCUCACCCGGCAAGAAGAGAAACCCCGUCACACCCCAAAUUCAUAAAUCAAUACUGUUACACGGACCAGUGUCUCAGAGACUCUGCCCAAGGACAAGGUUUCAUAUAUUGGUUGGCUUAAAUUGGAUCGUUUCUAAAAUGGUUACCAUGCAUUUUUUUUUC